UUCUUAGAAAUAAUGUUUGCUUCAUUUCUUAGAAAUAGUUUGCUUAUUUUUAUUGUGAUUACUUUCCUGCUUCAUGGAAAUAAUGGACAUUCUUAAAAAAAAAAUUGAUACAGUUUUUUUACCAGGAGAUACUAUUUUACCAAUAUCUUGCUUAUCCUCAACAGAGGGUUUUUUAAAAUUUGGUCCUGGUCUUCGUCAAGAAGGACAGGAUGUUGUUGCAUUUAAAGCCGGCAUUCUAAGAAUGAAGAAAAAACCUUUAUUCAUUUGGAUUGACACUAAUCAAAAGCGUUAUGUUGCAGUUAAAGGUGACACUGUUAUAGGAAUUAUAACAACUCGUGGAGCUGACAGUUACAAAGUUGAUAUAGGUUCAUCUCAGCCUGCAUAUUUAAAUAAUUUGUUAUUUGAAGGAGCAACAAAGCGCAACAAACCAAAUUUAAAAAUAAAUGACCUUGUUUUUGCUAAAUUGAUUGUAGCAAAUAAAGAUAUGGAACCAGAGAUAUCUUGUAUAGAUGAAAAUAAUAAAAGUAAUAACCUGGGGCCGCUUAAUGACGGAUAUAUGUUCACAGUCUCAUUAGGUCUGAGUAGAAAGUUGCUGCAACUUCCUAUGUGCAAAGUUCUGAGUUUGUUAGGAAAAAAUUUUCCGUUUGAGAUAGUUGUUGGAUUGAAUGGUAGAAUCUGGAUUCAUUCUAAAGGAAUCAUUGAUACUAUAGCCAUUGCUAACGCGAUUGUUUCUUCAGAGUUUAUGGAUGACAAUGAAGUUACAUUAAUGGUUAAACAAUUAAUAGAAAGCAUUGCAGGUUUUGAAGAAGAUUGAUUUAUAUAUUCAUUUUAGUUUUAGGAAUUUUUAAAAAACAA